AUGUCGUCUAUAUUUGCGAGGCCCGCGGGCCAGUCGAUAUUUGGAGCGUCCCAGCAGCAGCAGCAACAACAACAGGCCGCCCCUGCGCAGGGUUCUAUCUUUGGCCAGGCCGCCCCUCUGGCUGCCUCCGUCCAACAACCACAGCAGCAGGCGCCGCAGCUUCCCACUUUGGCUCAAUCUCAAGCGCAAUUGUCCAGCUCACUCUGGCAGCCGGUGAAGGAGACUCCCCUUCAAAAACCUUUAACCGAACAGAUCCAGCAACUCAUGGAAAAAUGGGACCCCGCGAACCCCAACUGCGUGUUCAAGCACUACUUCUACAACAAAGUCGACGAGUCUAACAUCCCCUUCUACAAGCCCUUACCUCACGAGAACCCCCGCGAAUGGGAGGAGGCGCUACAGAAGAAACCCGCGCCGGGCUUCAUCCCCGUCAUGUGCGCCGGUUUUACGGGUCUAUCCGAUCGUCUAAAGACGCAGAAGCGAGCCGUUGCCGAUCUUAACACGAGGCUACAUCAGAUUAACGGCGCUCUCGACGCGAUUCUUUCCCGACACGAUCUCCAGACUAGCGUUAGAGCGGCCGCUGCCAGGCGGCGUCACACGGUGCUGCAGGAGCGCUGUAUAGGAUUGGCUGCCAAGGUUCAGGUGCUGCGGAAUCGGGGAUAUGCUCUAAGUGGAGAUGAGGACCACCUCCGGCUUAAGCUUAAGGCUUUGGAGGCUUCGAUUCAGGACCCUGCGCUGAGUGCCAAGGAGGAGGAGUUGUGGAGCAGGCUUAUUGUCAUUAGGGGAUAUGCCGAGCGCUUGACGCAGGAGAUUAACAAGCCUGCAUCGAGGGAUGAGGAACAACUUGAUGAAGAGACCGAAAUCAAGGCUAAGAAGGUGCUGGAGGACUAUGAGAAGCAGCUUCUUCACCUAAAGAAGGAGGUCGAGACGAUCAAGAACGACUUUGAGCAGUGGGAGAAGGAUCGCGACUCAACCUCGUGA